AUGUCGCUCUUCGGCACCUCGCCCCCGGACGAAAACGUCAACCCGUCGAUGCACUCCUCAUUUGCCCGCUCGCGCCACGGCCUUUUUGACGACGAAGGUGGCAUCAGCCGCACGAACUCGGACCACCUUUUUGACGCCGAGGACGAAGACGACGACGAUACGACGACCAAGAAUGCCGAUAAAAGCCACGACGCACCAUCACCGUGGGACAUGCCGUCACCGCGCAAAAAGAAAACUCGCGCAGAGCUGUUGCGCGGCCUGCUGCCCGCUUCCGACGUCCCUGACGCCUACCACAACGCCUUUGAGGUCGCCGUACACGACGAUGACAAUGGCAAUUCGUCUUCCAAAAGCAUUGUGUCUGCCGGCGGCGUGGCCCGCACAUUGGCCGCUUCCAAGCUCGACGCCGACAGCCAGACUGCCAUUAUGAACGUCAUUGCACCGGGCGGCAGCAACACCACCGACGACGACGGCAACAGCACCAUUGCUCUGGGACGCAACGAGUUCAACGUGCUGCUGGCCCUGAUCGGGCUUGCCCAGGAAGGCGAGGUGAUUAGUCUCGACGGCGUAGACGAGCGCCGGCGAAAUCUUCCCCGUCCUACUCUAACUGGCUUUGCCCCUACGUCCCAGUCCCAGACCGAUUCCUCUCCCUUCCGACCGACCCCCAAAGCAGCAGCACCGCCGCCCCAAUCGUCCUACCAGCCGCCAUCUGCCUUUCCUCAGCUGAAACCGGCGUCAGACAUUCGCCAGGCUCCGAUGGACUACGGCUCCGACGAUCCGUGGAGCUCGCCCGAUCUGCAUAAAGACCACCACCAUCCCGAUAUUGCACCGGCCGCGAGGGUCAGCACAGGUGACGAUGCCUCAACAGUGACCGGCGGUGCCGAUGCUGGUGCCGAUGCUGGUGCCGACGCAGGUGCCGACGCAACCACACGCUCCGAUCCCAACGCCAAUGGCAAUGGGAUUUUUGCUUCGAGCCCCAGCAACGCCCUCCCGAUAAGAACGACAUCCAACUUCACAACGACGCCCGAGGCGACCGUCAUCGGCGGUGGCAGUACGGCCGACGCGCAGCCCAACAUUACCAGUGGAAACGCACGGAACUCGGGAUCAGGUUGGGACAUGUACAACGGCGGCGGCAGCCCAGCCGUCGGUAACCUUGGCGGCGGCUUUGGCGAGCUGCCGACUGGUAAUGACAACGGCGGUCUCGGCGCUAAUGGGAACUCUACUGUGCGCGGCGGUGCACCCCCUUCCCGGACCAUUGGCAACAUUGGUGGCCGCACGGGCAGCGCAAUUGAAGAAAACGUUCUCGUCACGCUGAUGCCAGAGAAAGAGGGUCUGUUCAUGUUCCAACACCACAACUACGAAGUUUCCAGCACCCGUCGCGGUAGCAAGGUUGUGCGCCGCUACAGCGACUUCGUGUGGUUGUUGGAAUGUCUGCACAAGCGGUACCCAUACCGCGUACUGCCGCUCCUGCCGCCGAAGCGCGUCGCAGUCAAUGGCAAUCAUUUGUCGAACGACGGUGCCUUUAUCGAGAAGCGCAGGCGCGGCCUGGCACGCUUCCUCAAUGCUCUGACACGGCAUCCUGUGCUCAGCACGGAGCAGCUCGUCGUCAUGUUCCUGACUGUUCCUACGGAACUCUCUGUGUGGCGUAAACAGGCGACAAUUUCUGUGCAGGACGAGUUUGCCGGCCGCCCCCUGCCGCCCGGCUUGGAGGAGUCGCUGUCCCCCUCCCUCAAUGAGCUCUUCGACCGCACACGGUCGGGCGUGCGCCGCUCGGCUGAGCUGUACAUUACGACCUGCAACAUUAUGGAUCGCCUGGUCAAGCGCAGCGAGGGCGUGGCCAACGACCACGCCCGCAUGGCCGUGUCCCUGCAGUCGCUGACCGAGGCCAGCGCCGACGUCUAUGCCACCGACACCAACCUCGUGCCUCUUCUCAACGACGGUCUCGUCGCCAUGAGCAAGCACCUGCGCACGGGCCAGACACUCAUGGAGGACGAGUCGCGCGCCUGGGAUGCCGGCGUGCUGGAAGACCUCAAGCGGCAGCGCGAUGCCUUGGUGGGCCUCCGCGACCUCUUUGACCGUCGCGAGCGUAACGACCGCGACACCAUCCCCAUGCUUGAGCGCCGCAUCCAAAAGAACGAGUCCAAGCUGGCGACCCUGCGCGCCAAACCCGAGGGCCUUGUGAAGCCUGGUGAGAUUGAAAAGGUCAUCGACGCCAUCAUCAAGGACAAGGAGACCAUUGUCCAGCAGCACAACCGCUCCGUCUUCGUCAAGGAGUGCCUGCGCGACGAACUUCUCUAUUUUCAGGCCACCCAGUACCACAUCUCGCGCUGGAACCAGGACUGGGCACAGGAGCGCGUCAAGUACUCGGAGAUGCUGGCCGACAACUGGCGGCGCUUGCUUGAUGAGCUGGACGGUAUGCCGUUGGGCGAGUGA